AGAAUGAAGGGGCUGUACCGAUGCAAAAGAUACUUCUAUUUACUUCCAUUCCUCUUUAUUUCAACUUUAACAUUGAUGAUGGGUACUGGACCUGGUUGCUUUGAGACAAGUUUAAUGGUUCGGAGAAUGCUCUUAGACCAAAACCUUAACAAUACAUGCAAGUUGUUAAAGUGCAGAUCAGAGGAGGACUGUAAAAAUAUCAAAGAAGAAAAUCAACUAAGAUUUCAAAAAUUACAGUCAGACAUAUUAAGUAACAGAUGUUACAGUAUAUUAUCCCGAGUAAAACAUGGAACACCAGAGGAGCUUGAGGUUCCAUUAUCCUUCAGUAUUCUAGCUCAUAGAGAUUUUCAACAAUUAUUCAACCUAUUGGAGGCGGUCUACCGGCCUCAUAACCUUUAUUGCAUUCAGUUAGACAGCAAAUCGGAUGCUGCUUUUGUGAAACAAGUUUCUUUGCUUGUACAAUGUCUCUCAGAAGUGCACAACAAUAUCUUUAUUUCUAAAAAAUCUAUAUCUUUAAUUUGGCAACAUUCUUCUCUGCUUGAAGGAGAUCUCUUGGCUUUACAACAACUGUUAGAGUUUCCUCACAACUGGCAAUAUUAUGUUAAUAUUGUGGGUAGUGAGUUUGUUCUAAUAUCAAACUCUGAGUUAGUCAGAAAGUUGAAAACUGUGAGAAAUAAUAUCGGUUUUGUGGAUAUACAGUUUCCUCAUUCGCAGGUUCAAGAUAGAUGGAAAUAUUCUUAUGAAUUAACCAAGGGAGCUGAAAGUGGAAAAGCCGAUACCACACUAUUCGGAAGUUAUUACAAGAAUGUGCCAAGAGUGACAAGUUCUCUGAAAAGUCUUCCUCCUAAGAAUCUGACGAUUAUGUAUGGAAUUAAGAAUGUAGCAAUUUCCAGGAAGUUUGCAGAUUAUGUGAUAAAUGACGAACUAUCCAAGGAAUUACGAGUUUGGUUAAAGGAUGUUUUGGUGGCAGUUGAACAUUUCUACCCAACCCUGGCAACAGUUUUUAUAAAGAACAUCAACUACAACAGUAACAUCAACAACAACAACAGCACUGAAAACCUCAAACAAAUUCCUUUUCAGGAUUUCUCUUUUAACAAGGAUCUAGUCGAAUUUCAGAUGCGAAAAACAUUUUGGCUAAAUAGUGAUCAUUACUGCUAUGGCCAGAUUCGGCGUGAGAUCUGUGUUUUGUCUUUACUAGAUCUUCCAGCAAUUCUUCAAGAGAAAGGAUUUGUCAUGAAUAAAUUUGAUUCUGAUUUAGAUCCAUCUGUAGUCACGUGUUUAAAUGAGAUGAUCUACGGUUUGGACAAAGAAGCAUAAUAAAGCUGAUAUUAAUAACUUGUAAUUUCUUGACAAAUCCUAUGAAAUAAAAUCUAUAUGUAUCAUUAGCAA